AUGGAGGUGAACGUGACCGUCACCACCAAGCCCUACAAGCCGGCAGCGUCCAUCUAUGAUGCGUGGAAGGAGACGCUGCUGCCCUUUCUUGUCCCGGCGACGGUGCUGAGCGCCUGGCCCACGAUCAUGCUCAUCCGAGAUCGCAACUGCGUCCCGAUCAAGCUGCUCACGAUCGCCGCGCUCGUCUCGCUGGCCGACGGCCUCCUUGGCAGCUGUGCCUUCUCGCUGCAACAUCAACACGCCUUCUCCCUCUCCGCGAACUCGGCCUUCUUCUAUGCGGGCACCGUCACCUACUGGCUGAGCGGCGCCGCCCUGAGUCCGCUGAUGGAGGUGUGGGGGUGUCGGCGCUCCUGCAUGGCGCUGGCCCUCGCGGGUGCCGCUGGUGCAUGGGGUAGUGGGCAGAGCAUCACUCUCUUCGUCCUCUGUGGCCGUAUAGCCACCGCAGCAGCCACGUCUGGUCUCUCGACGUGGGUCGAGUGCGCGCUCUACCACGAGGCGCACGGGCACCAUAGCCCUUCCCCCGCCGCCGGCGAUGACAAGGAUAUGGCGGACGGCAACGGUGGUGAGGCGCUCGGCGGUAGCGGUGCGCUCACGAUCUUUCAUCAGGUACGCCCUGUCAUGCUGUUCUUCUCCAUGAUCGCGUCGCAGUACGUGAUGGCGGUGACGCCGACGGUGUCAGUGGCGCCGUGCUGGGUGGCGCUCCUGUGCUACCUCGGCGUGUUCGUCGUUGCCUGGGGCCUCUCUGUGCUACCUGCAGCCUCGGCGGCCGGAUCGUCGUGGUGGACAGGAUCGAACCCCUUCCACGUGAACGGCGGCAGCAACGGCGUACAUGGAAAGAGCGCGAGCAUGAAAGAGGCUUCGUCGAGCUGCUCGGAGUUUGAAAGCACGGUGGCAACGCUACUGCCGGGUGUGGUGCUGAGCUGCUGCAGCGCGGGCGGUUCGCGACUGUCCGCGCCGCAGCGCCUGCUGCGGCACUACGUGCACGCCUACAGCGCCUCGAUCCGGACACUGUGCAUGCCGCGAUAUCUUGCCCGCCACAUCGUGGACAUCAUCUUUGGCGCCGCCUUCCUUACGGGGUCGCUGCUGUGGGUGCCAACGCUGGAGCUGUACGACGACAGCAUCCCGUUCGGCUUUGUGUUCGAGCUGUUCAUGAUCGCUACCUUCCUCGGCAGCACCUUCUCGCUUCCGGUGUGGGCCGUCGGCGGCGCAGAGGCCGCACUGGUGGUCCUCCUCAGCCUCAGCCAGCGCACGCUCUCCACCUCGCGCGACUACGCCAUCCCAGUGACAAUCAUGCUCGGCGGCAUCGUGCUGCACCUCACGUACGGCUGCGUCCUCACCAUGGGCAGCUUGUGGCGCGCCGAGUACGCGAUCUCUAGCGCGCCACUCACGCUCUUGUUCUUGCUAAAGGCCUGCACCGGCGUCCUCGGGUGGGUCUUCCUCAACGCCAUCGACGGCAAGUAUAUGGAGGACGCCUUCGUCUUUGAGGCGCAGUGGAUGUGGGUGCUGAUGUGGGUGCAGGCAGUGGCGCUGACGCAGUGCAUCGUCGCGCGCAUGGCUCCCGGUUGUGGCCGCCGUGCCAACCGCGUCGCCAUCGCGAAAGACGGCAGCGCGGUGCUGGUGCAGAAGCCGGACAGCGGUAACGUCAAGGACCUCAGCAGCAACGGUGUGAAGGAGACGGCGGUGGCAGGGGGGCCAACGGCGCGUCUGCAGACCGAUAUACUCUCGCACGCGCCGUUCAACGACGUGGAGACCGCGAAACUGUAG